AUGAGGAUGGUGGUUGGCGUGAUGGUGCUGGGUCAGCUAUUGACGCGGCUCUUGCUCGCUGCACAUGCAGGGGAUCGGCUCGCAGCUGCACGAAGGAUCCUCCGAGAUGUGCCCCUUAUAGAUGGGCACAACGACUUGCCCUGGAACAUCCGGAAGUUCCUGAAGAACCAGCUGAGGGAGUUCCGGUUUGACGAUCUCAGGGACUCCCAUCCCUGGGCUCGCAGCGCCUGGAGUCACACGGAUCUCAGGAGACUCAGGGAGGGAAUGGUCGCUGCUCAGUUCUGGUCGGCGUACGUGCCGUGCUCUUCCCAGCAUCUCGACUCGGUCCAGCUCGCCCUGGAGCAGAUCGACCUGAUCCGGAGACUGGUCAACAAGCAUCCACAGAAUAUGGUGCUGGUCACCUCGGCCGAGGGAAUCGAGAGGGCGCACAAAGAGGGUCGAUUGGCCAGUCUGAUAGGGGUGGAGGGCGGACACGCCGUGGGGGCGAGUCUGGCAGUCCUGAGGAUGCUGUACGAGCUCGGCGCGAGGUACCUCACCCUGACGCACACCUGUAACACACCUUGGGCAGACUGCAGCACGGCGGACGAGCCUGGUCAAGUGCCUCACAUCGGCGGCCUCUCCAAUUUCGGCAAGAGCGUCGUCCUGGAAAUGAAUCGCCUGGGGAUGAUGGUGGACCUAUCCCACGUGUCGGUGCCUACCAUGCUGGAUGCAAUGGGUGCAUCCAGGGCCCCAGUAAUUUUCAGUCACAGCAGCGCCCAUGCACUCUGCAACUCCUCCAGAAACGUGCCCGACCAUGCCCUGCGGCUUCUCGCGCAAACCGGGGGCAUCGUCAUGGUCUCCUUCUACCCCCACUUUAUUAGCUGCGGCGAAAAGUCGACACUGCAGGAUGUCGCCGCGCAUAUCAACCACGUCCGGAAGGUGGCCGGGGUGGAUCACGUCGGCAUCGGAGCUGGCUACGACGGGAUCAAUUUGACUCCGGCAGGUCUGGAGGACGUCAGCAAGUAUCCGGACCUAUUCGCAGAGCUGCUGGCGAGAGGUUGGUCCGAACGGGACAUCCGGAAGCUGGCAGGGCUGAACCUCAUCCGCGUCUUCAAGGCGGUGGAACAGGUGCGAGAUCGUUUGGCAGAGGAAGGCAUGGAGCCGUUGGAAGAGGAGAUCCCGAGCGACGACAUCAUCGGCAGAGACUACUGUCGGUACAACAUCAAACGACCAAGCAUCCCCUAGGGGAAUUCCAGCUUCUCUUCAGAGAUCUUCCGAGGUUUUCAAACAAAAAGGAUCCCCUAGAUCCGAUCGGCCGCGGGAAAAAAAAAAAGCCGGAUGAAAGGUCGCCCAAAAGAAGAAAGCGACGCGAAAAGUCCGCCAAGAUGUCGGAGACCAAAAGCGCGUUUGUACCGAGACUCUAUAAAUUAACCUGACCAUCUUCAAUGUUCGUUUAUAC